GGCGGAGCGAGCCCGGCGCAGGCGCUCGGUUGGUUCAUGGCGGCGGCGGCGCCAUGAAGUCCCGCUUCAGCACCGUCGAUAUCCGCGCGGUGCUCGCCGAGCUGCGGCUGAGCUUAUUGGGAAUGAGAGUAAACAAUGUUUAUGAUGUGGAUAAUAAGACGUAUCUUAUUCGCCUUCAAAAACCAGACUGCAAGGCCACGCUGCUGCUUGAAUCUGGUAUACGCAUUCACACGACGGAGUUCGAGUGGCCGAAAAACAUGAUGCCAUCUAGCUUUGCAAUGAAGUGCCGUAAGCAUUUAAAGACCAGAAGACUUGUCAGUGUAAAACAGCUGGGUAUAGACAGAAUUGUGGACUUCCAGUUUGGAAGCGAUGAAGCUGCUUAUCACCUGAUCAUUGAGCUGUAUGACAGGGGUAAUAUUGUCCUGACAGACUAUGAAUACGUCAUUUUAAACAUUCUGAGGUUUCGCACGGAUGAAGCGGAUGAUGUCAGAUUCGCGGUUCGGGAGCGAUACCCAGUCGACAGUGCGAAAGCGCCUGCACCUCUGCCAACCUUGGAAAGGUUAACUGAAAUAAUAUCAAAUGCACCCAAAGGGGAACAACUGAAGAGGGUUCUUAACCCGCAUCUUCCUUAUGGAGCCACUCUCAUUGAGCAUUGCCUUAUAGAAGCUGGAUUUUCUGGCUAUGUCAAAAUAGAUCAGCAUAUGGAAAGUAAAGAAAAUAUUGAAAAAGUGCUUGCUGCUUUAGAGAAAGCAGAAGAAUAUAUGACACUAACUGACAACUUCAGUGGGAAGGGUUAUAUUAUCCAAAAAAGGGAGAAAAAGCCAAGUCUGGAACCAGAUAAACCAGCAGAAGAUAUCUACACAUAUGAGGAAUUUCAUCCUUUCUUGUUUUCUCAACAUUCAAAAUGUCCGUACUUGGAAUUUGACUCAUUCAAUAAGGCGGCAGACGAGUUCUACUCCAAGCUAGAGGGACAGAAAAUUGAUCUGAAAGCAUUGCAGCAGGAAAAACAAGCAUUGAAGAAACUGGAAAAUGUCCGUAGGGAUCAUGAGCACAGACUAGAAGCUCUUCAGCAAGCUCAGGAAGCUGAUAAGAUAAAAGGAGAACUUAUAGAAAUGAACUUGGAGAUUGUGGACCGAGCCAUCCAGGUGGUCCGUAGUGCGUUAGCCAACCAGAUAGACUGGACAGAGAUCGGAGUGAUUGUUAAAGAAGCUCAAGCGCAGGGAGACCCCGUUGCAAGUGCAAUCAAAGAAUUAAAGCUUCAGACAAAUCAUAUCACAAUGCUGCUGAGGAACCCAUAUGUGUUAUCUGAAGAGGAAGAGGAGGAGGAGGAUGCUGAUUUAGAGAAAGAAGAAACAGAAGAACCAAAGGGAAAAAAGAAAAAGAAUAAAAACAAACAGUUGAAGAAACCUCAGAAAAACAAACCGUCAUUAGUUGACGUUGAUCUCAGUUUGUCUGCGUAUGCCAAUGCCAAAAAGUAUUACGAUCACAAAAGACAUGCAGCUAAGAAAACUCAGAAGACGGUAGAAGCUGCAGAAAAGGCAUUUAAAUCGGCUGAGAAGAAGACGAAGCAGACAUUGAGGGAAGUUCAGACAGUUACCACCAUCCAGAAAGCGAGAAAGGUCUAUUGGUUUGAGAAGUUCCUGUGGUUCAUCAGUUCUGAGAAUUACCUUAUUAUUGCUGGAAGAGAUCAGCAGCAGAAUGAGCUGAUUGUAAAGCGGUAUCUUAAACCAGGCGAUGUAUACGUGCAUGCUGAUCUCCACGGAGCCACAAGCUGUGUGAUCAAGAACCCAUCAGGUGAACCGAUCCCUCCACGAACCCUGACUGAGGCAGGCACGAUGGCCUUGUGUUACAGCGCUGCCUGGGAUGCCCGUGUGGUCACCAGUGCUUGGUGGGUCUCCCACAACCAGGUUUCUAAAACUGCGCCUACAGGAGAAUACCUCACUACUGGAAGCUUCAUGAUCCGAGGGAAGAAGAAUUUUCUUCCACCUUCAUAUCUGAUGAUGGGCUUCAGCUUCUUGUUUAAGGUGGAUGAAAGCUGUGUUUGGAGACACCGAGAAGAAAGGAAGAUCAAAAUACAGGAUGAGGAUCUGGAAACGGUUUCCAGCAGUGCCAGUGAACUGGUGGCUGAAGAAGUGGAGCUAUUAGAAGGAGGAGACAGCAGCAGCGAAGAGGAAAAAGCAGAGCAUCAGGAAGCACCGGAGGACGUGGAAGCCACGUCUGAGAGUAAUCGUGACAAGGGCGUUGCUGAUCUUGACCAGGGCAGAGUAAACACAUCUCCUGCACCAGAGGGUGACUCCGAAGAGGAUGAUGGAGAAUCUGAAGAUGAAGUGGAACAUGCGGAGUCAAAGAGUGAAGUGAAGGAGGAAGAGGUAAAUUACCCAGAUACAACAAUCGACCUGUCGCAUCUUCAGUCUCAAAGAUCCUUGCAGAAAAUCAUCCCCAGAGAGGAAGAACCCAACCUGAGUGACAGCAAGUCCCAGGGGCGAAGGCAUCUGUCUGCCAAGGAGCGGAGAGAAAUGAAGAAAAAGAAGCAGCAAAAUGACUCUGAGAACUUGGAGCUGCCUGAAGAGAAGCAGAGAGAGACAGGGACGCAGCCUCCCCCUGCUCCCAACACCAAUAAGGGUGUGCCGGCCCCUCAGCCCAUCAAGCGGGGCCAGAAGAGUAAAAUGAAGAAGAUGAAGGAGAAGUACAAGGACCAGGAUGAGGAGGACCGAGAGCUCAUCAUGAAGCUGCUGGGGUCUGCAGGGUCGAACAAGGAGGAGAAAGGGAAAAAAGGGAAGAAGGGUAAGGCGAAAGAAGAGCCAGCAAAGAAGCAACAGCAGAAACCCAAGGCUGUGCGUCGUGGAGGGGGCAAGGAGACGUUCCCAGCAGGAGUCCUGCUGCACGAGUCGCAGGACCCAGCCCUGGAUGAGCAGCAGGAUGAGAAGGAGGAACAAGACCAAGAUCCGCCGGGAGUUGAGGAAGGCGAAGCGUUGCUGGACUCCCUGACGGGCCAGCCCCACCCCGAGGACAUUCUGCUCUUUGCCGUUCCCAUCUGCGCUCCCUACACGGCCAUGACCAACUAUAAGUAUAAAGUCAAGCUUACCCCAGGCACCCAAAAGAAGGGAAAAGCUGCAAAGAUUGCCUUGCAUAAUUUUAUGCAAUCCAAAGAAGCUAGCGCAAGAGAAAAAGACCUGUUCCGCAGUGUAAAGGACACCGAUUUGUCAAGAAAUAUUCCUGGUAAAGUGAAAGUGUCUGCACCUCAUCUCCUGAACAGGAAAAAGAAGUGAUUCCGUACUUGGGUUUCUCACCACCGAACUGCCGCUGCUGCGCGGAGUCCAGCACCUGCAGCCGGGGCGGGAUGGACCUACCCCGACAGCCCUUAACGUGACUGAAUUUAGCUUCCGUGGUAGCUGGCAGACCAGGACCAGUUCCUGCAUCGUGGCUUAGAUGGACUCUUAACAACUCGAUACAAAUAACAUAAAAACAUGCAAGUAAAUCGCUGGCGUUUGUCAGUGCUGUGAUCUCUGGCUGUUCUGUCUCUAAUGCUUUGAAUGCCGGAGCCGAGCGCUCUGUCCCCGCGCUGCUGGGCCAGGGC